CAUCAUCAGCCAACAGUCGAGCAUCGCAAAGCAAAGCAUCACAACAACAAAGUGAAUCUGCAAAGCACAAAUCCCAAGCAAACCAACCAACCAAACAGAAUGAAGUCCUUCAUCCCCAUCGCCCUUGCUCUCGUCGGCUUCGCCGCCCAAGGCUAUGCCGUCUCCUGCCAGUCCCAGGGCGGAGCCUGCCACGACGGUGACCGCGACUGCCCCGCCGGUACCAACAGUGUUUUCUGGGAUACCGGAUGCGAUAGCGCUUUCUGGCCCUGGGAGGAGGAUGACAAGUGCUGUGUCUAGGUUAGGACAUGGAUGACGCUCUUGAGUCGGGUGCCAUUGGGCUACUGGUGGGGAUAGGAGGUAUACGCGGU